AAAUCCAGGAAUGCAUUUUGAAACCGAUCUAAUCUCCGUGGAUGUAAAUAAACAAAAGACGCGUAUUUUCGGUAUUUUCGUAUUUUUACGUUAAAAAGUAUGUAAAAUUUGUUUUUAAGCAGUUACAGUGAAAGUUAUUAAACAAUGAACCUGCAAAAUUUCGACGCGCUGCAGCAGCGUUUCGAGUUUGUGCGACAAAACUUUCACCAGCUGUGCCGGUUCUGUUUGGAGCAGAAGAACCUGCUGACCAUCUUCUACCAGGCCGAAUCGCAAACAUCAUCAACGCCGUCGAAACCGAGGGAGCCAACUGCCCCGGACUGGGUUUACAACGACGAGCGGAACGUGGGCACUCUGCUGCAGAAGCAGUACAUUCGGUUCAAUCCGGAGGAAGAAGGCCUGCCGAAUAACAUUUGCGAACGAUGCGUCGAUAGCUUGAUUCAGUGGCACCGGUUUCAUGAGAACUUCAUCACGACUACCAAGCUGCUGCUCAAGGUACGUGACCACUUUGAAAUAAAUAUUCACGACGAUGACGAUCAGGAUUUCGAAAGCGAUGAGCCAGAAUAUGAGGUCGAAGAAGAAGAAGAGGAAUAUCUAGAAGAUAUGCGGAUAGAUGAAAUCCCGGAAAACAAUGAAGUGUACGAAAUUGAGAUUCUACAGAAUCUGCCGGAAAAUGCAACCGUCGAAGAUGUUACCAUAAUAGAGACACUCGAUGGGACAGAAGCUUUGGAGAACGAUACGGAUAAAAAAUUUGAUCCACUUCCCUAUUCCGACACUGAGCAGCAGAACCUGAGGCUACCAAUGGCAGAAAGCGACGGCGACGGGCAACACGACUCAGAAUUCGAAUCAGACACAGUUCAGCACAAACCAAGUAACCAUCGAUUAACAGUUAAGUCUGAAUUUGAUCCUAGUGAACCGACUUCUACGAUUCAGGCAAAACCAAGCAGGCGUCGAUUAAAGGUGAAGUCCGAAACGGCAGAGCCUUCUUCGACAACCCGACCCAAGCAGCGAAGCGAUCAGUGCCCCAUAUGUGGGAUGAUAGUCAAAUCCAAGAUGAAGCACCACAUGCUGCGCCAUUCCGAUCCCACGGGACAGCCCUUCAAGUGUCCCCAAUGCGACAAGUCGUACUCGUUCAAGCGAACCCUGGCUGAUCACAUCCGUCAGGUGCAUCAGCACGUCCGACACCACUGCGAUCUCUGCGGCAAGGAGUUCGUCAGCCGAGACGUCCUGCGGAUUCACAAGAAGCUGCAUACCAACCAGGAGCAUCGGUGCGACCUUUGCGGCCAGGUGUUCCAACAGCGGCAGUACCUGAGGAAGCACAUGGCCGUGCACGAUCAGAAGAAGUUCACCUGCGACGACUGUGGGAAAAUUUUCCGCUUUAACGAACAGCUGAAGCAGCACAUCCGGAUUCAUACUGGGGAGAAACCGUUCGGGUGCGAGGAUUGUCCCAAGAGUUUUCGCACCUCGAGCCACCUGAAGCAGCACAUGCGAUCCCACCGGCAGGAAAAGGUAUUCAAGUGCACACGGUGCCCGGUGGAGUACGCCAAUAAAAAGUCGCUGGAGAGGCAUGUGGCGGGAGCGCAUCCGGCGGUGGGGUAAGUAAGCAAUAUUUGUUUCUUUAAUAAAACUGUUGAAAGCA